CUCCCCACAGCUCUGCGAGGAGGAGGAGGACGCGGCAAGGGAAAGGCACCCGGAGUGAAGGAUAAGCCAGGGACACCUCGCUGCCACCGAGCUGCAGAGUGCCCCCGCUGCGCCCGCCCCGCUGCCGCUCGAGCGCUUGCUCCCCGCGUUCCCCGUCUGCAUCCGGCCGCCCAGGGGCACGCAGACGCCGCCUGCGGCUCUCUGGGAGGGCAGACCGCAGGGCCUGGGUUGCGGGAGCUGAGGGCCUGUGAAGCCAGUUCUCCGCGGCGCGCGGGGCAGCCUCGCUCCCCGCCCUCCUCCCUGGAAGGAGCAGGCAGUGCUUUUCCAGCAGCUGGCGGGGACCUGCUGGGGCCUGAGCUCUCCAGCCGGCGACUGAAGGAGCUGCAUCACAGACUGCCCCUUGCAGGUGACUCCUAGGAAGGCAGAGGGGGACCGCGUCCCAGUUGUCCCUCCCAGACAAGAGGAAAGGACUCUGUUGGGUAAAACUUCGAUUUCCCCGUGCGUCUAACUCUGGGAGUGUGCAAGAUCUGCCGAACCACAGGGGGUUUCAUUUUUCACUUGCUUGGUGUCUGCGGAAAACUGCAAGGAGUGGUAAGAGGAAGAAGCAUUAUAAACUUUGGGAGCGGGGACAUCUUGGAAGUGGCAAGUAGCCUCAGACCGACGGUUCCUGGGCCAGUGACGUCCUUUGCUCAGACACUCUGAAGGGUCUGCACGCCGCCACAUGACCAACACCAAAGACGCCAGGAGAGCCAUGGAAUCCACGCUGGCACCAUCCAGUUCUGCCACAGGCUCAGUCACCUUCUCCCACGUCUUUGGUCAGCAGUGCCAGCUCAUGGAAGCAGCUGUGCAGUCAUUGCACACCCUAAAUGACCAGAUAUCCCAUUUUAUUGUCACCAAGUCGAAGGCACUGGAAGAGGACAAAGACCCCUUUCUACCCACUGAGAAAGAGACUCUGAAGAGUUCCAUGAUACUGAUGAGACACCUCUUAAUGGAUGCUCAGUCGUGUUGGCCUGCUGACGGAGAUGACAUGGGGAAGAUUGGACAGCUGGGGGCGGGCGUGGAAGCCGGCAGCCACGUGAGGAGCUGUCAGAAUCACGCCUUCAGGAGGCAGCUGCUCUUGGUACUUUUGCUGACAUGAUUUCACGUCCCUGCUUGAGUGAAGCCCUAAUUGCCCCCCAUGGAAUGGAGAAUAAGUCCACGCUCUUCCUCCACUGCUGGUAAGUCUCUGUGCUGAACACCCUGCCAAAAAGGCAGCCAAUGUUCGGUUUGCCCAGGGCCAGAGGUCUUCAAGGACGUUUAAAACCAGGGAAGUCCCUGGCAGACCAGGACGAGUUGGUCACCCUCCUGCCAUCCCCCUAUCCCUCACUCUGCCCAGCCGCCCUGGCCUUGCCUUUAGAUGGGUGGGCCUCUCCUCCCUCGGCCUUCGCAAGUACUGUUCCUGCCUUUGGACAGCUCUGUGCCUGGCACUUGGCGCGGCUGCCUUCCCUGGUCCUCUGCUCUUAGCUUCAAUGUCACUCCUCAGCGUGGCCUUGGUGACCCCCCUAUCUCAUAUAGCUCACCACCAGCAUUCCUUGCACCCCUCGGAACUUAUCACAGGUUCAAUGACUUUAUCAAAUCAUCUGAUCACUCCUGUGCUCAGUCAUUGGCUCCAGGAAGGCAGGGCCUACGUCUGUCUGGUUUACUCGUGUACAUAAUCAAAGAAGGUCUUUGAGGACCAAAGGAGAGACAUCGUCCGCAAGGGCAGCCAGAGACAUUUUACUGGUGUAUCAGGAAAGACUGCCUUACCAGAAGCUCCCAGAAAAGGUUACCAAGAGAGCUUGCAGCAAAAACACAUUUAAGAAAUUAAGGCAUGUGACUAUGUUCCCAGCAUUUCUCCCCUCUCCCCUCACCCUCCACCCUGCUUUGGUCCAUUAAGGACAGAGCUGAGAGCCCCGCAUGGAUCUUGGGCUUGGCUGCUGGACAGACUAUGAAUUUUGCAAGCCGUUUUCCACCUGCCAUCUUCCUUCCACUUGUCCCCACUGCAGACAGAACAGCUGAGAUUUGGGGAAGCCACUGCUUGGAGUUACCUGGAUGACUGCUCUGUUUUAUUCGUAUCACAAAUAAAAGUGGGCAGGAUUUCAUACGGUUUAACCUUUCUUUGACACACGCAUGCCUUGUGCAGUCUUGUUUUGGUAUUCUUUUAAAACUUAACUCUUGCUCAUAACAGUGAAAAAUUGGAAACCAAAUGCAAAUCUAAUAACAUUUGAGUGGGUAGAUGAGUUUUGGCACAUCCCUAGAGUGGAAUUCUCUAGAACCAUUAAACACAAUUAGGUAGAUCCACGUUCACUGACAUGGAAACAUGUCUGUGAUAAAUUGGUAAAUAAAAAGAAAAAAAAGCCCAGAAGGAAAUGUGCAGAAAUGAUCACAGGCGUAAUCUCUGAACAAGUGAGAUAAUAGAUUUUUAAUUUUCUUCUUUAUUUCAUUUUGUUUUUCUGAAUUUCUACAGUGAGAUGUACUCUUUUCAUAACCAGUAGGGGAAAGCUCUUCCCCUACAUAGAAAAAGCAAAAACAAGUUUGAGAGAAAAAAAAGGUCUCAUUAAUAUUUAUUUUUCUGCAGAACUACCCUUAGUCUCCUAAAGAUUCAGAAUGAGCCUGGAAUGCAUAUGUUGUGUAUAAUAUAUGUUCUUGGUAAUAUAUUUCAGACUACAUAUAUGAAAUGCAGGAAACAUACUAUUGAAGUGUGUAAUAUGGCACAUGCUUCGUGGUAUAUGUUCAUAUACAUGUGUCUACAUCAUAUAUAAUUUAUAUGCGUACAUCUUAUCCUUUAUUCGGUAUAUUGUUUUGCUAAAUUUA